AUUUUUGUGGGUAUAAAAGGGUGGAUCAGAAAUGGCUCUACCCAUUUGAAAGUAUAGCUUAAAGGAGUUUACAGUAUUAACAUUUAAGUUAUUAGUUCAGUUAGUUAGUCAGCGAAAAGUGUACCUUAAACCUCAAAAUGAACUCAGCACUAAUUAUCUUGGCGAUUGCUAUCGCUGUGAAGGCUGACAUUUAUUCGAGCGUUGUUGAGCAAGAAUGGAAGGAGUUUAAGUUAGAACAUAAAAAAGUCUACCAAGAUGAAACUGAAGAGUAUUUCCGAAUGAAAAUCUUCAUUGAAAAUCGUGAGAAAAUAGCAAGACACAAUCAGUUGUACGCAAUUGGAUUAGUACCUUACAAAUUGGGGAUAACCCAAUUUGCAGACAUGCUACACCAGGAAUUUAUGGAACGAUUUAAUGGACUCCAGCUGUCCAUCGAAAAUAACGACAAUAGUACGUCUCCUUACGCUCAUUUCAUUACCCCAGCAAAUGUAAAAAUUCCUUCGAGUGUCGACUGGAGAAAGGCUGGUGCCGUUACAGAAGUUAAGAAUCAAGGUCAAUGUGGCUCAUGUUGGGCCUUCUCAACCACUGGAUCUUUAGAGGCCCAACACUUUCGAAAAUCAGGAUCUCUAGUAUCGCUAUCCGAGCAAAACUUGAUUGAUUGCAGUCGUCGAUUUGGAAAUAAUGGCUGCCAUGGUGGUAAUGAGAUUCGAGCUUUCUUCUACAUCAUUCAAAACCAGGGAAUCGACACAGAACAGUCAUAUCCAUAUGAAGCAAGAGAUGACCAGCCCUGUCGCUUCAACCCAGGGAACGUGGGCGCAAGAGCCAAAGUGGUUAUGAAGGUCCAACCCGGGAACGAUCAGGCCUUACUUAACGCAGUUGCUACAGUUGGACCAGUAUCGGUUGGAAUCGACGCUUCGCCAGAUACUUUUAUGUUCUACAGGGGUGGAAUUUACUCGGAUCCUCGUUGUGAUCGGAACAGACUGAAUCACGCUGUUCUUGUUGUUGGCUAUGGAACUGACUCGAAUAAUCACGAUUAUUGGUUGGUGAAGAAUUCGUGGGGAACUGGAUGGGGUGAGGGCGGUUAUGUAAGAAUGUCUAGACGGGUACUCAACAAUUGUGGUAUUUCUACGGAAGCGGUUUUCCCAGUGGUAUAACUUAAUGAUAUUUGUGUGUGUCAUUCAUAAUUUUUCUCUCCAGUAGGUUUUAGUUAUUGUAGUUCAUAGCGAAAAGUGUUCAAUUAAGAGCAAAUAAAAUGCCUGCAAGAUAAGGUUUUUUUUGCCCUUUC